AUGGUUCCUGCAAGGAAGGGUGGCAAGAAGAAAAAGAAUCAUUCUGCCAUCAAUGAGGUAGUGACCAGAGAACACACCAUCGACAUUUACAGGGGCAUCCAUGGAUUGGGUUUCAAGAAGCAUGUCACUCAGGCACUCAAAGAGAUCCAGAAAUUUGCCAUGAAGGAGAUGGAAACUCCAGAUGUGCUCAUUGACAUCAGGUUCAACAAAGCUGUCUGCACCAAAAGAAUAAGAAAUGUCCCCUACUGUAUCCAAGUGCAGUUGUCCAGAAAAUAUAAUGAGGAUGAAGGUUCACCAAACAAGCUCUACGCAUUGGCUACCUAUGUACCUGUCACCACUUUCAAAAAUGUACAAACAGUUAAUGUGAACAAGAACUAA